AUGUCCACAUCCUCUCCUAGUAGUGAAAGAGCUGUUUCAGCCGAAAUUGCAGACACAUCAUCCAAUUCCGAUGAAAAUCGCCCAAAGUCGAAAUUAAGCGAAGGUGAAGCCGAUUUAUACUUGGACCAAUAUAACUUUACCACCACGGCAGCAAUUGUUGGUUCAGUGGACCGUAAGAUAUUUGUACUUCUACGUGAUGGACGUAUGUUCUUUGGUGUGCUAAGGACUUUUGACCAGUAUGCCAAUCUAAUUCUACAACAUACAGUAGAAAGAAUAUACAUUGAAGGAGAAAACAAGUAUGGGGAAUGCGAUAGAGGUGUGUUUAUGAUAAGAGGGGAGAACGUCGUUAUGCUAGGCGAAGUGGAUAUCGACAAGGAAGACAUUCCAUUGGAAUCGAUGGAGCGUGUUCCAUUUGAGGUAGCACAAAGUCAUAAAGAAAAGAUGGACGAACUUAAAUACAAACAAAACACUGCCAAGGGCAAGAAGUUAGCACAACUAGGGUUGGCUACAGAUUUCAACAAAGGGGAUUUGUAUUAG